GGUUUGUUUAGCGUUACCAAGUGUUUUGCUUCCAGCCCCCGGCCGGAGAAAUGGGUCAGACGAGCUAACAGGACACCUACAACCUUACACACGCUUCUCAGUCUUGACCUUGAACCAGCCCACAAGACGAUAAAGCCAUGGGGAAUACAAGCAGUGAGAGGGCUGCCCUGGGCCAAGGGGAGAAGGCUCAGCGGAGGGACAGCCGAGGCGCCAAGGAGGGAGGGGGGCCAAAGAUCCUGAUGGACAGCCCCGAGGAUGCAGAUAUGUAUCAUGGUGAAGACAUGAAAGCUCCUUUAGAGAAAGAGGAGUUCCUCGCAUGGCAGCAGGACUUAGAGGCUGAUGACAAAGGGCCGACUCUGGACCGACCGACGGUGUUUCGCUGGACUGGGGACGGCAGGGAGGUCUACCUCUCUGGAUCCUUCAACAACUGGGCCAACAAGAUUCCUCUUAUUAGAAGUCAGAACACCUUUGUUGCCAUUGUUGAUCUACCCGAAGGGGAGCAUCAGUACAAGUUCUACGUGGACGGCCAGUGGACUCACGACCCGGCUGAGCCAGUUGUAACCAGUCAGCUCGGCACGGUCAACAAUAUCAUCCAGGUGAAGAAAACAGACUUUGAGGUGUUCGAUGCUCUGAUGGUGGACUCGCAGAAAUGCUCCGACAUGUCAGACCUCUCCAGCUCUCCUCCUGGGCCGUACCAUCAAGACGCCUAUGUUCCCAAACAGGAAGAGAAGUUCAAGUCUCCACCCAUACUCCCACCUCACUUGCUACAGGUCAUCCUCAACAAAGACACUGGAAUUUCUUGUGACCCUGCGUUACUCCCAGAGCCCAACCACGUCAUGCUCAACCACCUUUACGCUCUCUCCAUUAAGGAUGGAGUGAUGGUGCUCAGCGCAACACACCGCUACAAGAAGAAGUACGUCACCACCUUACUAUAUAAGCCCAUCUGACUGAAAGCUCUUUCAAUCCUGUCCGAGUGUGUUAACUGUACACUGAGUGUACAAAAUAUUAGCUCCACCUGUCCUUUCCCCUCACGUAGAGAGAGCAAGUGAAUCUAGGACAUAUCAGCUGGAUGAGCGUCUUAGAUUAAGAUAAAGAGCUCUGAGAUUCUAUCUUGUACACUCACUGUAUAUGCAGCUAUCGCACAACAUCUGUUUAGGAUGCUAAAUGUCACUCAGUCACUCCAAUCCUACAUAAUCUGCCUUUAUUUGUUCACCGAUUGCCCUCUGUAGUUUUCAACACUAUCUUUGCUUAGUAGACGUAGAGAGGCAGUAAUAAUGAGGUCGGACACCGUGGCACGUCUGUGUUCAAAACAGACGCAGAGGAUUGGCAAUGCUGGGAAAAUGUGAAAGUGCUCAGGUACGUUUCCCACGAUUAGCGGCACAAUCAAGAAUGUGAAUGUUGAGGUCGAAGAAGGAAUACAUGCACUGCUGUAGUUAUCCACUGUUUUUACCUGUUUAUCUUGAGAAAUUAAGUUUUAUUUAGUGAUAAUGACAAAGCACACAUUUAUUUAGUAUUUAGUAAUGUUUUUUUUUCUACUUUGGUUGAUGACAUGGUUUGCUCUAUUGUCCAGAACUCAUGUUUCAUAUAGUUGCAGUGAUGAAAAGACUAAAAUCACAACUAUAAUUAUUAUUUUUCGAGAAUUUAUUUGGUCUUAACUUUAUAAUUUUAUAAAUUAUUAGUUUUGCACUACGAGAAUUUCUUUUUUUAACGUUAAACAAACUGUGAAUACAGUGUACAUCCACUUACAGCAUGACAGUGUCUUAGAAGAGUAAUGCUCGUCCUUUUUUGAACAUCUAAGAUGGUUUUGUAGUCUUCAUAAUUUUCCUUUUUUUCAUACAACGUGCUCCAAAUAAGAGUCACACUAGAUACUUGUUUCCCAUCCAUCAUUGAUUUGUGCCAUAGAACAUUGCCAGUCUUUAGUAGCUGAGCCAGUUUCAGAUGACAUACAGUGGAAACCAUUUACAGUGAUCACAGUCAACAUGAUCAAAUGCUCAAUGUUUGGCUCUUUCAUACAUUACAACAUAUGACAAAAAUUUUUUUUAAAACUAGAACAAAACUCUUGUUUUUUAAACUUUAAUCCCACUGUGAUACUUCGCCUCACGGUAUCCCAGCUGCCGGAGGCCGGCGCUACGAGCACGUCACAAGCACAGGAAAAAGAAAGUAAUUUUCUCUCAAUGAAAAAUCUAGUAUCCUCGAAGCUGCCUGAGACGGAGACAGAAAAUAAAUGUGAACGGAGAAAACACCUGUGGUUGAAGCUGCCCUCAUCAAGUAGAUUGAUAGCGCCCGCUAACGUAUAUUCCUCCCCCUGAGAGGGCCUCUAGUGAAGUUAAAAAGCUGAGGAAUUGGCGGCGAGCCUGCGAGCGGAUAAUUUCAAAAGUUUCCACAGGCUGGGCGAUUUAGAAAGAGAGUGAAACGUUGUGUUUGUGAAACUGCACAGGGAGGCUGCUGAAGCUGUCCAUUCCAUAACUUUACAUGUGUAGAAUAAAUACACGAAUGUCAAUGAGAUGAUAAUCUGGACAUCCUGGACAGAUGCGAUCACUAUAAAUGGUUUCCACUGUGAUAGGAAACACAGUAUUGAAGAUAUGUCAUAAUGGAAAACAACGGGUCAAACACGGUCAUGUGACCAAAACUAGCUUGAAGAAACCCAACACUGACGAAGGGACCAGCGUAGGAUCAUGUGACAAAGUCGUACUGUUCUUAAAUGUGUUUUUUUUUUUUUAAACGUUUGACAUGUUUGUUGAUUGUCUGUGUGUGUUUCAUGAAGUCUGAAGGACUUGGGCAUGUUUUAAGUUCAGUUAAAGCUAUGACAUUAAUGUUUCAAAUAAGUUUUCUAGGUAUAAUUUUAAAUGAGACCAUGAUAUUUAUUACCUUUGUUUGCUGUACAGUAGACCAGUCGAGGCUGACGAGCUCCUCAGUGAAGGUCUCAUUUGUUCGUCUUACUUCUGCUGUUUGUUUUAGAACUAAUGUAAUAAUUUAUUGGUACAGAAAUGCAAGACUUUCACAUGAAUUGCAGUGUCAUAAAAAUGUUGUUGACCCUUUGAACCAUGCAGGUGUGCACAUAUUUUCCAUUUUGAGACACAUUUCUAUUAAAGAUUAAGUUACACAUG